AUGGAGGGCUUUGAGAUACUGCGUCCCGUCGGUCGAUUGGAACAAUAUUCAACGUCGCGCCACCAAGUUGGAUUCUACUUAAACGUUGCUGUAUCAGCAGCAUAUCUCCUACCAGACUCAUUCGUGCUUCCUGUCAAAGACUAUGUCUAUCAGGCAUGCGAGGCCGCAAUCCUCGAACAUCCGUCGCUAUCCGCCAUCGUGGCAGACGAUCACACACAAGACCCCUAUUUUGUGCGGCUGCCAGAGAUUAAUCUUGACCAAGCUGUAUCUUUUCAGGACAGGAAACCGGGCUUGUUAGGUACCGAGGCCGAUGGCGAGCCUGCUCCAGAUCUUGACCUGCAAACCUUACUUGCAACCCAGCACAACACGCCUUUCAGGGCUCCAAAUCCCUUCUGGAGAAUCUGCAUCCUGCGAAAUAUAGAUGAUGAGCGGCAAUUUACCGUGGCAUUUGUGUAUCACCACGCCAUUGGCGAUGGAACCUCCGGGAAAGCCUUUCAUCAAACGUUCCUACGAGCCCUAAGGACAGUGGACUCUCCGGACCAGACUAAAUCCGUCAUCAAGUCACCGGGGCUCCCUCUCUUGCCAAAUCUUGAGAUUGUGCACCCAGGAUCUCUUUCCUUGCCUUAUCUUGCCAAGAAACUCUUCCAGGCAAAAAUCUACUCCCGACGGCCCACGGGUCUAUGGACCGGCUCCAAGGUCCUGGUCCCCUCUCAAACCCGCCUGCGUCUUGUGCCAUUCUCCAAACUACUCGUCACCACAGUAAGAGACAGAUGUCGAGUAGAGGGUACGACGAUCACUGCACUUUUGCAGACGAUCGUCGCCCGCUCCAUCUUCGCGCACAUCCCGCCCGAGUUUACACUGCUCGCCUGCACUGGCGCGCUCUCAAGCCGCCGCUGGCUGCCAGAGGUUAUUACUGAUGAGUCAAUGGGUGUCUGGGUCCAGGACUACGAAGAGACGUAUUCCCGAGCGGCAGUCGCACUGUCUGAUGGCUCCUUCCCGUGGGAAGAGACCAGACGGUCUCGCAAGACGAUCCAGUCCGUCCUGAAAAUGGAGGGCAAAAAUGCCAGUACGAGUCUGCUGCAGUUUGUCGAUGAUUUUCAAGAUGAGCUGUGUUUCUCCAAGGUUGGCAAGGACCGCGAAAAGAGCUUUGAGGUGUCGAAUGUUGGCGUUUUAAACCCGCAAACGAAUCCCGACCUACCUUCCAUCCAGGGGAUGGUGUUUUCCCAAUGUGCCAGUGUGAUGGGUAAUGCUAUUGAGUUAUCGGUUGUCACUGGUGGAGAUGGAUGUUUGGUGUUAGCUGUCUCUUGGCAACAAGGGGUUGUAGAGGCUGAUCUCGUCAAUCAAGUCAUUGAGUCGACUAAGCAGGACUUAUACUCUAUUGAUGGGGUGUGA